AGUAAUUGACCCAGAACUCAAUUUCAGGAAACCAGCUGCCUUCAAAAUGGUAAAAUAAUGAGAUGAGGAAUUUGAACAUUUUUGCCUGUGGAUGGGAAUCUCCUGAGCAUGCCAAGCUCAGUUAAACCGAGAUCCAUGGUGAUGUCACGGAUUUGAAGAACAUGGAAACGCUUACAUUUGUGUUGAUAUGUGUGUCUCUAACCCUGGUAAGGGGGCACAGUCUCUUCACUUGUGAACCCAUUACGGUUCCCAGGUGUAUGAAAAUGACCUACAACAUGACAUUUUUCCCCAAUCUGAUGGGUCAUUAUGACCAAGAAAUUGCUGCUGUGGAAAUGAAGCAUUUUCUUCCUCUUGCAAAUCUGAAAUGUUCCCCAAAUGUUGAAACUUUUCUUUGCAAAGCUUUUAUACCUACCUGUACAGAACAAAUCCAUGUGAUUCCACCUUGUCGUAAAUUUUGUGAGAAAGUAUAUUCGGAUUGCAGAGAAUUAAUUGACACUUUUGGGAUCCGAUGGCCUGAGGAACUUGAGUGUAACAGAUUACAGUACUGCGAUGAGAAUGUUCCUGUAACUUUUGAUCCACACACAGAGUUUCUUGGUCCUCAAAAGAAAACAGAACAAGUUCAAAGAGACAUUGGCUUUUGGUGUCCGAGGCAUCUUAAGACUUCUGGGGGACAAGGAUACAAGUUUCUGGGAAUUGACCAGUGUGCACCUCCAUGCCCCAACAUGUAUUUUAAAAGUGAUGAACUGGAGUUUGCAAAAAGUUUCAUUGGAAUAGUUUCUAUAUUUUGUCUCUGUGCAACUCUGUUCACAUUCCUUACUUUUUUAAUCGAUGUCAAGAGAUUCAGAUACCCAGAGAGACCAAUUAUUUAUUAUUCUGUCUGUUACAGCAUUGUAUCUCUUAUGUACUUCAUUGGUUUUCUGCUAGGCAAUAACACAGCCUGCAACAAGGCAGAUGAGAAGCUAGAACUUGGUGACACAGUUGUCCUCGGCUCCCAAAACAAGGCUUGCACUGUCUUGUUUAUGUUUUUGUAUUUUUUCACAAUGGCUGGCACCGUGUGGUGGGUGAUCUUGACAAUUACUUGGUUCUUAGCGGCAGGAAGAAAAUGGAGUUGCGAAGCCAUUGAACAAAAAGCAGUUUGGUUUCAUGCGGUUGCCUGGGGAGCCCCGGGUUUUCUGACUGUUAUGCUUCUGGCAAUGAACAAAGUUGAAGGAGACAACAUUAGUGGAGUCUGCUUUGUUGGCCUCUAUGACUUGGAUGCGUCCCGCUACUUUGUACUCUUGCCACUGUGCAUCUGUGUGUUUGUCGGCCUGUCGCUUCUUUUAGCUGGCAUUAUUUCCUUGAAUCAUGUGCGACAAGUUAUACAACACGAUGGACGGAACCAAGAGAAACUGAAGAAAUUUAUGAUUCGCAUUGGGGUCUUCAGUGGCCUGUAUCUUGUGCCACUAGUGACACUUCUUGGCUGUUACGUCUAUGAGCAAGUGAACAGGGUUACCUGGGAGAUCACAUGGGUGUCUGACCACUGUCAUCAGUACCAUAUUCCCUGUCCCUAUCAGGCAAAAACAAAAGCUCGACCAGAAUUGGCCUUAUUUAUGAUAAAAUACCUGAUGACUUUAAUUGUUGGCAUCUCACCUGUCUUCUGGGUUGGAAGCAAAAAGACGUGCACAGAAUGGGCUGGGUUUUUUAAACGAAAUCGCAAGAGAGAUCCAAUCAGUGAAAGUCGAAGAGUGCUCCAGGAGUCGUGUGAAUUUUUCCUAAAGCACAAUUCUAAAGUGAAGCACAAGAAGCACUAUAAGCCAAGUUCACAUAAGCUGAAGGUCAUUUCCAAAUCCAUGGGCACCAGCACAGGAGCCACAGCGAAUCACGGCACUUCUGCAGUGGCCAUCACAGAUCAUGAUUUCUUAGGACAAGAAACGUUAACCGAAGUCCAAACCUCCCCAGAAACCUCAGUGAGAGAGGUGAGAGCAGAUGGAGCAAGCACCCCCAAAGUAAGAGAACAGGACUGUGGGGACCCCAUCUCCAUGGUAGCGACCAGCUCCAAACUCUGUGGGGAACAGGCAGACGGGAAGGGCCUGGCAGGCGGCAGUCGGGAUAGGAGCAACGUGUCUGAAGGCGUGCAGAGCGAAGGAAGGGCAAGUCCAAAGAGUGAUGUCACUGAAACUGGCCCAGGGCCGAGCCUUGGUGUGCAAACGCCCAGCUCCCCAGACGCAGGCAGCCCCAAGGGCUCCACAUCACUGCUUGUGCGCUCGGUUCCGGCAGUUAGAAAGGAGCAGGUUGCUGGAAAGCCUCCAGACACGUGAUGGACAUCUUCGCCCGCUUCCCUGAGGCGAGUUCAUGCUGCACUGGGGACGCCCAGGGCACUGUCUCACCAGAAUGACUGUCCCCGUUCUUUGGCACUUAGAGCUGGGUUACUACAGUUUCACACUGGAGAAAAUAGAUCUCAAGGAUAAUAGAGUUCCUUCCCAUCAAGAUUAGUGUAUAACGACAUAGCUAGAAGCAGAAAUGUGCAGGUUAGUCCUUUCUAAAUCAUGUAGGGGACGGGAGUUGGAAGAAUCUUCCUUUCCUACUUUUACUGU